AUGUCGCUCAAGGCAAGCAGUUAUUUGCCUACUCGCUGUAUCAAUAAGACUCCCUAUGCGAAAAUACUUAGAGAAGAGGAGGAAAUGGAUUUUAUCUUCAACGCUUUGCUCGCUGGCUACCUGGUCGUUCUAGGUACGUUUACCUCUCUUCAAAGCUCUGAUCAGGUAGAAUAUGCCUUACAAGCCAACAAAGCCGGUCGAACAAAUCCUCUAUUGCUCUCCAUUUCCUGUUAUCUCCUUCUCGGAGGCCUUACAGCUUUCGGAUGGCUUUUGCAUUUUGCGAAACUCAGAAGCAAUUACAUAUGGUUGAUUAAUAGGCUUUUUACGCCGAUUUCGCUAAACGCCGCCGCUGGGCUAUUGACUACAAUUAUUAACGUCUGCGCAUCUCAGGGGGGAGAUUGGUCUGUAAUGGCCAUUGUUACCACUGUCGCUACUGGGGCGACUCUUACUAUCUCUCUGGCACUGUUGUGUUUCUAUAAAUUUCACCUUCUAGAAAAGAUCAACGAGAUGACACGGUCUUCACUUUUGUUUUGCCUUCGUCGAGGCCAGAAUUGUGAGUCGAGGGGCUGGUAUUAA